AUGCCAAAGCCUUGUCAGUGCGUUGCCCUCGUCUGGGCCCUAUCGUCCUUGUCGUCGGUUAAUUGCUUUUCAAUUCCUCAACCACAAGUUGUUGGCAAACGACCAACAGCAACCCGAUUGCAGGCUCUUUCGGAAGAACAACAAAAAACCAUCAAAGCGGCCAGUCUGGAAGAAAAGUCACUCGAACUAGAAGGCAGCAUCCAAGAGGACGACGCCAACAACAAAUCGUCCGAAUCAGAAGAAGAAGCCGCGACGGGUACCAUCAAUGAACGUCUCAUGGCCGAACUCCAACAAGCCGCCGACAAGGAAAAGUUUGGAACCAGCAAGAGCGGCAAGCGAAUGAAUCUUCCGGCACGUCCUCGCAAAACCCCCGAAGAACAAGAAGCCGCACUCGCCGAAGCACGCAAUCUCAAUGGCGUCAAUCCCGUCGUGGCAUUGGGAGGAGGACUCUUUGCCUUUGCCGUGGCAGCUGGAUUGUGGUACGCCACCAACGAGUUGGGCAAUUUCUUUGCCUUGCAUCCAGUCGAAACCGAUGUCUACUUUGUACAGAGAUUGGCAUCGGUCUUUCGCAAUGUCGCCAUGGGAUUGGUCUCUUUGGCGAGUGGAUUUUUUGGUGUCACCGGUAUGGGCAUCUUUUUACUAGGAGUCCGGGUCGCCGUGGGAGUCGCCAAGGGUGAAUUGGAUCCCACGCCUAUUAAAAAAAGCAAACAACAACAAUCCGAAAUGCCAAAUGUUUGGGACUUGAUGAUGAACAAAAAACCCAGUCGAAGUGGUGGACGAGGAGGAAAUGAUAGUAGUGAUAAUCCAUUUGGAUUGUAA